GAUCGAAGCAACAUCUGCUCAACUCAGUGCAGCGCUACACCUUAUACUGCCCAGUGAGUGGUCAAGAGCCACACAGGCACCCACGAACAACCACUUUUUUUUUCUAUUCGACUGCCCUUCUACCAUCACCUUAAGCGAUAAUGAGAAUCCGAAUACGCGGUCCGACUGGACAGUCGACCGUCUUGUUGGAUGACGACGCAACUGUCGAUGUACUCCGCCGUCGGAUCACGGAGUCCACCGGACUGGCGGAUUUUGAUGUGAAAUACGGGUACCCACAAAUCAAGACUCUCUCUCUAGAUGGCAUCACACUACGCCAGAAGCUCUCCGAUCUGGGGCUGAAUCUGAAUGGGGAACAACUAAUUGUCACGAGAAGAGAAGGCAGCGCCCCCUCAAACAUUGGCCGCGAUCAGCGCGAGAUGACAACUGCCGGACAACAGUUCUCCAGGAAGCCGCCUAUCCAUGAGGCACCAAACAAGGGCUCUGAUGACCCGCCAGAGAUUCCAUCGCCAGAACAUGAUGGUAUUUUUGUUCUUCGGAUAAUGCCUGACGAUAACUCGUGCCUAUUCCGCGCUAUCAGUAGCGCGACCAUGGCAGGUGUGGAUGUCAUGACCGAGCUACGGUCUGUUGUUGCUCAAACAAUUCAGACGAACCCCGCCAUAUAUACCGAGGCGGUUUUGGAAAGGAAACCGGACGACUACUGUCGAUGGAUCCAGAGUGAGGACUCCUGGGGCGGAGGGAUUGAGCUCAGCAUUUUGAGUAAACAUUUUGACAUUGAGAUCUGCUCAAUUGAUGUGCAAAGCCUGCGAGUUGAUCGGUUCAACGAGGGACCCCCUAUGCGGUGUAUCUUGGUCUAUUCGGGUAUUCACUACGAUACUAUUGCUCUAUCACCCUCAAGCCCUCCGUAUACCCAUGCAAAUGCGCCCCCGGAAUUCGACACCAAGGUCUUCGAUGCUGCUGACCCUCUUGUCCUCGAAAAGUCUCUGGCACUUUGUAAGGUUCUGCAAGGGCAGCAUUAUUAUACCGAUACCGCCGGAUUCCGUCUUCGCUGCAAUAUCUGUGGUGGAACAUUUGUGGGGGAGAAAGGCGCUACGCAGCACGCAGAACAGACCGGACACGUUGAUUUUGGAGAGGCUGGCUGAAAGUGAUGAGAUCCUCCAUCCGGUAUAGACUUAAGUAUGCCCUGCAGGCUCAGGUUCGCGGUAAAUAUAGAACAAACUGUCACAAUGAUCAGUCGGCCAUCAGUUGCCAGUAAAUAGGCUCUCUAAAGAUACCAUACGCG